UCCUUCACUGCGUUGAAGGCGUGGCGUCUGUUCAGGGCGCCUGAAGGAGACUUGGUAACUCCCAAGCCCUUCUCUUCCAGAGGUUUCCAGUCGUUCCUUCCAGCCGUUCUCGGCGCUCCAUGAGGAAAAUGCUCGCCGCCGUCUCCCGCGUGUUGUUGGGCGUUGCCCAGAAGCCGGCAACCAGAGUUCUAGUGGCAUCGCGUAAUUUUGCAAAUGAUGCUACAUUUGAAAUUAAGAAAUGUGACCUUCACCGACUGGAUGAAGGCCCUCCCGUUACAACUGUGCUCACCAGAGAGGAUGGGCUCAAAUACUAUAGGAUGAUGCAGACUGUGCGCAGAAUGGAGUUAAAAGCUGAUCAGCUGUAUAAACAGAAAAUUAUUCGUGGUUUCUGUCACUUGUGUGAUGGUCAGGAAGCUUGCUGUGUGGGGCUGGAGGCUGGCAUAAACCCCACAGACCAUCUCAUCACAGCCUACCGGGCUCAUGGCUUCACCUUCACUCGGGGUCUUUCUGUUCGUGAAAUUCUCGCAGAGCUAACAGGACGAAGAGGAGGUUGUGCUAAAGGGAAAGGAGGAUCUAUGCACAUGUAUGCCAAGAACUUCUACGGGGGCAAUGGCAUCGUUGGAGCUCAGGUACCCCUGGGAGCUGGGAUUGCUCUGGCCUGUAAGUAUAAUGGAAAAGAUGAAGUCUGUUUGACACUAUAUGGUGAUGGUGCUGCUAAUCAGGGUCAGAUAUUUGAAGCUUACAAUAUGGCAGCAUUGUGGAAAUUACCAUGCAUUUUCAUCUGUGAGAAUAACCGCUAUGGAAUGGGAACGUCUGUUGAGAGAGCAGCAGCCAGUACUGAUUACUACAAGAGAGGAGACUUUAUCCCUGGGCUGAGGGUAGAUGGAAUGGAUAUCUUGUGUGUCCGAGAGGCCACGAAGUUUGCAGCUGCCUAUUGUAGAUCUGGGAAGGGACCUAUCCUGAUGGAGCUGCAGACUUACCGUUACCAUGGACACAGCAUGAGUGACCCUGGAGUCAGUUACCGUACACGAGAAGAAAUUCAGGAAGUAAGAAGUAAGAGUGACCCUAUUAUGCUUCUCAAGGAUAGAAUGGUGAAUAGCAAUCUGGCCAGUGUUGAAGAAUUGAAGGAAAUUGAUGUUGAAGUGAGGAAAGAAAUUGAGGAUGCUGCCCAGUUUGCCACAGCUGAUCCUGAGCCACCAUUGGAAGAGCUCGGCUAUCACAUCUACAGCAGCGAUCCACCAUUUGAAGUGCGUGGUGCCAACCAGUGGAUCAAGUUUAAGUCAGUCAGUUAAUGGUAGACUGUAAUCAUGGGCUGUUUGUCGACGACUGUAAGGAACUCAGUGUUAUCAACUUUAAGGAAGACUAAUAAGGAAUAUAUCCAGCAAAUGAACAUCUAGGAGACUUUCAUUAUGGUUGACUAAGUAGCAUGUAAAUUAAUGGGAAAGUGAUGCAUGCUGGUUGUACAUUGUUGCAUUAGAGAAAGUUACUAAGUACUUAGAUAUUUUGUGUGAAUAUCAUGAAGACUGUUGGAUUUGUAUAGGUCUAAAAUAGUUCUACCAAGUUACCCCCUGCUCCCUUUUCUGGGAUCAUUCCUGUACCCACUGAGGCAUGCUGAGAUUAAUUCAUGGCUCAUCUACAUAGGAUAGCAGCUACUUGAGUCAUUUCUCCAAAGUAAGACACAAUAUUUAUUUUUAUAACAAAGUAAGAGGUGAAAAUAUUUACCAUUUAAAAAUAAGACUACAGCCAUUUCAAAUGCAAAAUAACUUAGUUCUGUCUCCAUUUGUACAGUCAACAUAAAUAUGACGUUAUUUUCAUAAAUUGCAGUUCCAUCACAUUUAAAUGAAAGGCACAUUUGUAUCAAUUUUACCUUCCAACUCUAAGCACUAUAUUAGUGAAUAACUUAUAUCCUAAAACAGUGACAGCUAGCCUAUUAUUUAGCCACACUUUGGUUUAUCUUUCCAGCAAGUACUUUGUGUGCUGAUAAUGAAAGAAAAUUAAUAAGCGUUUUACUCUGGGAUAUCAAAACUAAGGCUCACUGUUCACAUUACAUACAGUUCUAUAAAUCUUUAAAACAUUUAUAAAUAACAGGUUUAAAACUUUUCAGUAAAGACAGUCUUUGAACAAUGGUAGGUCUUCGUUUUUCCUUGGGUAAACUCCAAACUUAGGCACAUGAACAGAAGCUUUAACCACAAAUGUGUGGUAUUUGCCUGCUCUGUCCUCAGGCUUA